UCUCGACGGAAAGCUUCAAGACUCCCUACCAUUCGGAAUUUCGGCGCUCCUCACAAACCCCUACAUUUUCAAUGGAGAACGAAGGAAGCAGCGGCAACAGCACUGAAGCCUCUCCAUCUCAACCGCUACAGUCUCUCUCCAUUUCGCCUCAACCGCAGUUGAGUUUGAAGGAGAGGUUCGAUUUAAUAAGGAGCAUCGCUGUGGGCAUGAUCUAGAAGUUUUAUGUUUUGGAUUAAACUGUAUUUAGGUUGAGUUUGAAGGAGAGGUUCGAUUUAAUAAGGAGCAUCGGCGAGGAGUGCAUACAGGAGGAUGAAUUGGAGAGAUUAUUGGCGAACAAGCCUCAGAUUGUCUGCUAUGAUGGAUUUGAACCAUCGGGCAGAAUGCAUAUUGCUCAGGGAGUUAUGAAGGCAAUUAAUGUCAAUAAACUGACUUCUGCCGGAUGCAUAGUGAAGAUAUGGAUUGCAGAUUGGUUUGCACAGCUGAACAACAAAAUGGGUGGUGACUUAAAAAAAAUUCAAGUGAUAUGGCAAUACCUGAUUGAGAUUUGGAAAGCUGUAGGAAUGAAUAUUCAAGGAGGUCAGGUAGAAUUUCUGUGGUCUUCUGAUGAGAUCAAUUCCCGUGCUCAUGAGUACUGGCCCCUUGUAAUGGACAUAGCCAGGAGAAAUAAGCUACCUAGGGUUCUGAGGUGCUGUCAAAUUAUGGGCCGCUCAGAGCAAGAUGAAUUGUCAGCUGCCCAGAUAUUCUAUCCAUGCAUGCAAUGUGCUGAUAUAUUCUUUCUUAAGGCUGACAUCUGCCAGUUGGGUAUGGAUCAACGCAAAGUGAAUAUGUUGGCUAGGGAGUAUUGUGAUGACAUCAAAAGAAAAAACAAGCCUAUUAUACUGUCUCAUCAUAUGCUCCCUGGUCUGCAGGAAGGACAGGAGAAGAUGUCAAAGAGCGACCCAUCUUCUUCUAUCUUCAUGGAGGAUGAAGAGGCUGAUGUAAAUUUGAAGAUAAAGAAAGCUUUCUGCCCCCCAAAAAUGGUCGAAAAGAACCCAUGCCUGGAGUACAUCAAAUACAUUGUUAUCCCAUGGUUCAAUGAGUUCACAGUUGAGCGAAAACCAGAGAAUGGGGGUGAUAAGACUUUCAAGAGUUUUGAAGAUUUAGUUGUUGACUACGAAAGUGGAGAGCUGCAUCCUGGUGAUCUCAAACCUGCUCUUGCAAAAGCACUAAACCGGAUACUGCAGCCAGUACGUGAUCACUUCAAUAACGAUCCUAAGGCUAAGGAGCUAGUGAAAAGGGUGAAGGGUUACAAGGUAACCAUAUGAUGUCUAAUGAAAGCAAAACUACAGACACUCUUCCGAUAGGAGCUUGCAAACUUUUGGUCUUAUUAUCACAAUAGCAAUGGUAUUUACUUUUUUGGGAUUGGUAUUACUUUUUGAUGUUGAGAGUCUUGUUAUUCCAGCAGAUAUAUUUAUUUGAGCACCUAUUUAUUUGAGUAGAAAUGUAGUAUUUACUGUAUUA